CACGACGGGUCGUAUCAGUCGAACGUCCAAGUCGCGGAAGCGAAACGCACAGCGAUCCUCUUCUACUGGUACCCUGUUUCAGACCCUCGGGCUUUCUCUUUCUGCGAGCCUUUCUCAGUUCGUGCCCUUCUACUUCUCCGACCCACCCCGGCGACGCCCUCUGCGAUUCUGAUCAGGGUUCUUUAAGGAAAAGGAAGUCAGCGAGAUGGAUAACAACGAAGGAGAAAGUCGUUCCGGCAGUGAGCAACACGGCAAGCAGGACGAUGAGGAAAAUGUUGCUCGUCAAGAGGAGCUUAAGAAGUCAAUCGACGCCAAAAUGGCUCUUCGUCAGAGUAACCUGAAUCCUGAAAGGCCUGACUCAAGCUUCCUGAGGACACUAGAUUCUAGCAUCAAGCGUAAUACAGCCGUGAUAAAAAAGCUAAAACAGAUAAACGAAGAGCAGCGAGAAGGGCUGAUGGAUGACUUGCGGGGGGUCAAUCUUAGUAAAUUCGUUAGCGAAGCAGUGACAGCCAUAUGUGAUGCCAAACUCAGGAGUUCUGACAUACAAGCAGCAGUUCAGAUAUGCUCGUUGCUUCACCAAAGAUACAAAGACUUCUCUCCAACCUUGAUCCAAGGACUCUUGAAAAUAUUCUUUCCUGGAAAAUCUGCAGAUGACUCAGAUGCAGAUAGAAACUCGAAGGCCAUGAAAAAACGCAGCACUCUCAAGUUGCUUUUGGAGCUUUACUUUGUUGGAGUUAUAGAAGACGGUGGGAUCUUCAUAAAUAUCAUCAAGGAUUUGACAAGCUUAGAGCACUUGAGGGAUCGGGAUACUACUCAGUCGAAUUUGGCUCUUCUUGCUAGUUUUGCUCGGCAAGGGAGAAUUUUUUUGGUUCUUCCGCUUACUGGACAAGAAAUUUAUGAAGAGUUCUAUAAGGGCCUCAAUAUAACAGCAGAGCAAAAGAAAAUCUUCAGGAAGGCAGUUCAUGCAUAUUAUGAUUCUGCAGCUGAAUUACUUCAGUCUGAGCAUGCGGCACUUCGGCAUAUGGAGCAUGAAAAUGCAAAGAUCUUGAAUGCGAAAGGAGAACUUAGUGACGAGAAUGUUUCUUCCUAUGAAAAGCUGCGGAAAUCUCAUGACCAUCUAUAUCGCAACGUAUCCUCUUUGGCAGAAGCUCUCGAUAUGCAGCCUCCAGUGAUGCCUGAGGAUGGCCACACAACAAGGUUGACUAGUGGAGAGGAUGCUUCUUCUCCUGCUGCAAAAGAUUCCUCUACGGCAGAAGCAUUGUGGGAUGAUGAAGAUACAAGGGCUUUCUACGAGUGUCUUCCCGACCUUAGAGCAUUCGUUCCGGCAGUAUUACUUGGGGAAGUCGAGCCUAAAGUGAAUGAGCAAUCUACAAAGGCACAAGAUCAACCAACUGAACCAGCAACUGAUCCUGAACAAGGUCAAGUAAUUGCUGAGGAAAGAGUGGAGAUUUCUGUUGAACCAGGCUCCUCACAGGAGGGUAAAGUUUUCGAAAAAGGGAAGGACAAGGAAGAGAAGGAUAAAGAAGAAAAUGAUAAAGAAAAGACAAAAGAUAUGGAUAAAGAGAAAGGCAAAGAAAGAGAUGUGGAGAAAAAAAUGGAAAAUGAGAAGGAAAAAGUCAAAGGGCUGGAAGGUACAAGUUUGGAUGCCCUAUUACAAAGGCUUCCUGGUUGCGUGAGUCGGGACCUUAUUGACCAAUUAACGGUGGAGUUUUGUUAUGUAAAUUCAAAGUCUAAUCGUAAAAGGCUUGUGAGAGCACUUUUUAAUGUCCCCAGGACCUCUCUGGAACUGCUUCCCUAUUACUCACGGAUGGUUGCCACACUGUCUACUUGCAUGAAGGAUGUAUCCGCUAUGCUGCUUCAAAUGUUGGAGGAGGAGUUCAAUUUCCUCAUUAAUAAAAAGGACCAAAUGAAUAUAGAAACUAAAAUCAGAAAUAUUAGAUUUAUUGGAGAACUCUGCAAGUUCAGGAUUGCUCCUGCUGGCCUUGUUUUCAGUUGUUUGAAGGCCUGUCUAGAUGAUUUCACUCACCAUAACAUUGACGUUGCGUGCAAUCUCCUCGAGACAUGUGGUCGCUUUCUGUAUCGUUCUCCUGAAACUGCUGUUCGCAUGGCUAACAUGUUGGAAAUUUUAAUGCGCUUGAAAAAUGUCAAGAACCUGGAUCCUCGACAUAGCACCCUUGUGGAAAAUGCUUAUUACCUGUGCAAACCACCUGAAAGGUCUGCACGAGUAACAAAAGUUCGACCACCGUUGCAUCAGUACAUCAGGAAAUUGCUUUUCUCUGACCUGGAUAAAUCUUCCAUUGAGCAUGUGCUGAGACAACUUCGUAAAUUACCAUGGAGUGAAUGUGAAGCAUACCUCUUAAAAUGCUUUAUGAAGGUUCAUAGAGGAAAAUACGGUCAGAUUCACUUGAUUGCUUCUCUGACUGCUGGUUUAAGCCGCUAUCAUGAUGAAUUUGCCGUGGCCGUUGUUGAUGAGGUUUUGGAAGAGAUCCGUCUUGGACUUGAGUUGAAUGAUUAUGGAAUGCAGCAGAGACGGGUUGCGCAUAUGCGCUUCUUAGGAGAGCUUUACAACUAUGAACAUGUAGAUUCAUCUGUCAUAUUCGAGACUCUUUAUUUGAUUCUUGUUUUUGGCCAUGGCACAGCAGAGCAAGAUGUAUUAGAUCCACCAGAAGACUGUUUUCGGAUCAGGCUGGUCAUUACACUUCUUCAGACCUGUGGCCAUUACUUUGACCGUGGCUCUUCCAAGAGGAAACUUGAUCGAUUCCUGAUGCAUUUCCAGAGGUACAUUUUGGGCAAAGGUGCACUACCAUUGGAUAUUGAAUUUGACUUACAGGAUUUGUUUGCUGAUUUGCGUCCCAACAUGACUCGAUAUUCCUCCAUUGAAGAAGUUAAUACGGCGCUGUUAGAACUUGAGGAGCAUGAGCGUACUGCCUUCAGUGAGAAAGGCAGCAGUGAGAAGCAGUCUGAUCUAGAAAGGAUGGCAGGGAAAAGUAGACACACAAUCUCAGCCGAUGGCCAAAAUGGUGAAAAUGGUGGGGAGGAAAAUGGCGAGGUGCAUGAAGAUAUUGCUGACAGUGACACUGAUUCAGGCAGCGGCUCUAUAGAUGCAAGACGAGAUGAAGAGGAGCUGGAUGAUGAUGGAUGCGAUAGUGAGGAUGAUGAAGACGAGGAUGAUGAUGCACGUGGAUCAGCUUCUGAUGAGGAUGAAGUCCACGUGAGACAGAAGAUACCUGAGGUGGACCCCUUGGAAGAAGCCAAUUUUGAGCAGGAACUCAAGGCAGUUAUGCAGGAGAGCAUGGAGCAACGCCGACUAGAACUCCGAGGUCGGCCCACUAUAAACAUGAUGAUACCAAUGAGCGUAUUUGAGGGGUCCACCAAAGAUCAUGGAAGAGGGCUUGGAGGAGAGAGCGGUGAUGAGGCAGUGGAUGAGGAUGGUGGAGGUAGCAAGGAGAUCCAAGUCAAAGUUCUUGUGAAGCGAGGGAACAAGCAACAAACUAGGCAGAUGUACAUUCCUCGGGACUCUUCUCUAGUGCAGAGCACCAAACAGAAGGAAGCAGCCGAACUUGAAGAGAAGCAGGACAUUAAGAGGCUGGUUUUGGAGUACAAUGACAGGGAAGAAGAGGAGCUUAAUGGGCUAGGGACCCAGGCUUUGAAUUGGUCUCAGAGUGGUAGUGGCAGGGUGAUUAGUCGGGGUAACAAUUGGGAACCUGGCAGUGGGAGAGCAGUCGGGACCCGUCACCGUCAUCCAAAUUAUCCUGGCGGCGGGGGUUACUAUAGUAGGAAGAGAUGAAUAUUUUUCUCGCACGACGUUUCUUCGACCCUACUUGUCCAUCCGACGUGGGGAAGUUACUGCCAUCGGUCACUAUGGGACUGAAUCAGCUGGCAAAGUGCAUGAGAUAUUCCAUUUCUAGUGGAAGUGGCGGCGCGCGAUCCUGUGGAUCAUUUUCUUGGGCAGCUCUUCAUCACCCACUGCCAAGAUUAGUGCCCCAAAUUCGCAACAUGGAAAACAUCCUGAAAGCAGAUGAGAUCCGCAUCGGUGAAUUGGUGUGGUUUUAUCCGGUGGCGUCUGUCUAUGCAUUACACAAACGCAUGCAAAGUUGUGCUCCUGUAAUUAGUUUUACAUGUGCAUCAGAAGAGGAAAUGGUUGCGCAAGCUCUAUGCUGUUGUAUAAUUCUCAAGCUUAAGAGCAUGUCUGGUCAAUAGCCCAACAGAAUAUAAACUGGUCUCUGAAUCUAUAUGUGUAUAAGCUUUUCUCUGUGCGAAACUAUGCACGCGCGUCAUCCUCGUUGCUGGCAUGAGAUUGAAUGAAGGCGAGUCUGUGCAAGUUAGGGUUGA